AUGCAAGCUUGGCAAUACACGGCCAUCAAGGAUACUCUUGAGAGUUCUCUCACUCUUAACGAAAAUGCAACCCCCCCAGACGCGCUAUCACUUCCCCAAGACCAUGCACUAGUCCAAGUCAUCACUGCAGGUAUCAAUCCCGUCGAAUAUAAAUUGCCAGAGGCCCCCUUGUAUGGGAAAUUCAUGGUACAACCACCUGCCAGCCCCGGGCUCGACUUCUGUGGCCGUAUAAAGGCCACAAAUACAACAAAUGACUCGCUGAAGGAAGGCCAACUUGUUUUUGGCGCUUUGAGCAUUGCUUCGAAAUUCCCAAAGUUCGGUACUCUUGGCGAGCUUAUCGUCACACCCAUUUCCCAACUCGCAAUCCUCCCUGCAGGGGUUGCACCCGAUGAUGCAGCAGCAGUGGGAACAGCAGGGAUGACGGCGUAUCAGUCUCUACCACAAGAUCUGAUCAAGCGUGGAUCCAACAUCUUCAUCAACGGGGGCAGUGGAGGAGUGGGCUCCUUCACAAUUCAGUUCGCCAAGGCUCUCGGUGCUAAGGUUACGACUACCUGCUCCACAGCAAAUGUGCAGCUCUGUCGUAGUCUUGGGGCUGACGAGGUCCUUGACUACCGAAAUAUCAAUGUCAUGGGCGAGUUGAAAAAGAAGGGACAGAUUUUCGAUCUCGCUAUCGACAAUGUGGGCACACCCGAAGGCCUAUAUGAGCAAAGCCACCACUUUUUGAAACCCGAUGGUACUUUUCUCCAGGUCGCCAUGCAAAAGUCUCUGCUCGGGAUGCUUCGCAGGAGCCUGCUGCCAUCUUGUCUAGGGGGUGGUAAGAGACAGUAUCGCCUUGUGAGGGUGAACAUCGACUCGAAGGAUUUACAGCAAAUUGGUCAGUGGAUGGCCCAGGCCAAGGUACGAGCCGUGAUUGACGAGAAGUUUGAAUGGAAGGAAGCUCCGAGGGCCUACACAAAGCUCAGACUCGGGCGAACAGCAGGCAAGAUUGUGGUUCGUGUUGGACAUGCAUAA